AUGAAUUCAGACGCCGCGGAGCACAAAGACGCAGCCCGGCCGGGGGCAGCUGCCGUCCGGCGGGGGCUCGCGGAGCCGCAUCCGCGCGGCGGAGGGGUCGGUGUGCCAGCCACCGUGGGCUUCAUCCAUCGCUGCUGGCAGGUGGAUUCUACACUAAUGAAUGUUGGGGAUGGAGGCACGGUGAGCAGAGAGAUCAGUGCUCCGACUAAAGCGUCCACUAGCAUGGUGGGAAAUCCCCCCCAGACGCUACCAGCGGAAUUCAGAGGAGAUGUUGACCUCAGUCAACAGAACAAGACCACUCCGACAAGAGACUACAAGGCAGUAAAAGCCUGCUUGGACUCCACUAAUUGUAACCACAGCCCAGAACUGUCCCCGCCCCAACAGCCUAAUAAUGCACCAAUGUCCGGCUCCGUCCUCACCAGCACAGAGAAGAGAUCCGACAAACGGUCAGACGCGCCUAAAGUCCGGGCCGACGGUGCCGGAGUCUUCCCUACAGCUCAGUGGUCGGGCGGUGUAAAAGCGGGCCGGGACGACCCCCUCGGCCCUUGCCACGGCAGUGUGACGUCCAGCUGGCAGGUGGAUUCUACACUAAUGAAUGUUGGGGAUGGAGGCACGGUGAGCAGAGAGAUCAGUGCUCCGACUAAAGCGUCCACUAGCAUGGUGGGAAAUCCCCCCCAGACGCUACCAGCGGAAUUCAGAGGAGAUGUUGACCUCAGUCAACAGAACAAGACCACUCCGACAAGAGACUACAAGGCAGUAAAAGCCUGCUUGGACUCCACUAAUUGUAACCACAGCCCAGAACUGUCCCCGCCCCAACAGCCUAAUAAUGCACCAAUGUCCGGCUCCGUCCUCACCAGCACAGAGAAAAGAUCCGACAAACGGGCAGACGCGCCUAAAGUCCGGGCCGAUGGUGCCGGAGUCUUCCCUACAGCUCAGUGGUCGGGCGGUGUAAAAGCGGGCCGGGACGACCCCCUCGGCCCUUGCCACGGCAGUGUGACGUCCAGUAAGAAGUCGCAUCCGCAAACACAGCCUCUGCAAAGCAUCGCUCCCGGAUUCCAGUGUUCCGCCAUGUUCAAACCAGCUCAGCCCGUUGCCUUCCUCCCCUCCACUAAUUUCUCCCCUUCGCUUUGUAAGAUUAAUCUUCCACCAGCAUUAAGUCAGAUAGCUGCUUUGAGAGAAAGCCACUUUCAGAAGGACGCUCAGCCUCAGAGCUCAGGUGCGGGAGACCCCCCCCUCAUGCGGACCUAUCCCUAUUCCUUGUCUGUCGGCCGGACCUCGGAUAAAAAAGGCGGUGGAUCGGCCUUAAAGCUCAAAUCAAACCACGCGUCAGGCAAGAACUCCAAAUCUCUGGGAGAGCAUAAGUCUCUGACCUCUGUGGUGGCCUCGCCGGCGCUGCAGCACCCGUCGCUGACCUCGGCGGCCCCCGCCCACUACACGCUGUCCCCCACCGCCGCCAUCUGCUGCAGCUCCACUCUGGCCAGCAUCACCUCUCAGAGCAAACUCCUGAACCACGUGGAGAAGGGCAACGGCAUAGACAAAACAGCCAUGGGCUCCCUGAACGCGGCACCCCCCCCCGGAGCAGAGCACCGCACGCCCUGCUCACCGGAGACCAGAGACGUGCCUCUGGAUUUAUCGGCCAAGUCCAAACGCCCAAAAUGCACAAGCGAGGCUCCCGUUUCCGGGAAGGAGCCUCACGACGACGAGUCCAAUCAGAGGGAUUUUCUGAACGCAAAGAGGACUCAUUCGACGGCCUACAGCUCGGCCAUGCAGUACCCCAUCCUACCAAAUACCCACAGAAACGGAUCCCACCAAAAGCAGUUGAAUAAGUCCCAGAAUCACCAGGUCCCCGAGCCCAAACCCACCUGGGGGAAGGGACCUUCACAGGAGUCGCUAAAAACCAUCCCUGGUACGUACGUGGGUGUGGCCAGCCCCAUACUGGCGUCCACUUUAAGGAGCAAAGAUGGGAAAGCGACCUUUGCAGAUGAGUUUCAGAGUUUUGCAAAGCAAGAGUUUAUAUCCAUAGUAGACCAAGGGGAGCAUCUGUCCUCAGGAGGGAAGAAGCCCUCCUGUCUAAUGAAGGGCAGCCAGCAGGCCCCCCCUGUCAAGCACGUCAAAAACCCCAGCACAGCCCCGACUAAAAACUGUCCCCCUAAAGGAGCGCUGACCACCGCCCUGCUGAGCUCCGCCGGCCCCCCGGCUCACCCCAAAUCCGGAGCGGGCAAACCCGCGCUGCCCUACCCCACCGCCGUCCUCAGCCAGACCUGGCAGCCGCCGGCUCACCCCCCCCACCAGUCGCCGCCCGCUCAGAGGAAGAUCGCCCCGGGGUACCCAAAGACAAAGGCCGCCGCCGUCACAGAGGGGUGUAAGUUCCAGAGCCCCUUCAAGACCGAGGAGGACAAGUGGGAGAGGAUGAAGUCUCCGCUGUCCAACCUGGCGUCCAUUGUGAAACAGCAAGCCCUGGAGACGGCGCUGACCGCCGAGGGGAACAGCCCCGCCUCGCCCGGCGCCUCCAGAAAGGCCGACGCGCCGAAUUCCCUCUCCGGGGGCCAAGACUCCCAAUCCAAACACGCCUCUCAUUUCGAAUACCCGCCAUACUGGUCUGUGAACAAGUGUCCUGGUGCGUCGGCUCAGGAGGAACCGACUCAGACCACCAAAAGGCACGACAAGACGAACGCCACCGAGCCGUCCGAGAACGACGGGGCUGUGCACGCCAGGCACGAGCAGUGCACGGCACAGCACACGAAGCAGGCUUCCUCCAAGGCCGCCGGCCAGUCCCAUCUGUUUGGCAGCAGCGCGUCCACAAACGGGAGCCGCUCGGAGAGCAAACUGGCCCAGGUAUUAGAGGGGGGGGCGUCCAGGGAAGAAGACGGGCCCUCAGACGCUCCCCCCAGCAAAAAGGAGGGCGCGGUCGCCUCCAUCGCCAGGGGCCAGUGCGAACGGCGGGGCAGCAAGUUAGAGAAGAAAGCAAACGGAACCAAAGAGGAGUCGCCAACCAAAGGAAAAGCAGCUGCCAAGAAACAAAAGAAGGCCACUCCCAAGAAGGCGGCAAAGGAGAAGUCGCCCGCGGAGCCGGUGAAGAAGGCCCCCGGGAGGAAGAGACGGGACACGGAGAACAGUCCAGCCAAAGCCUCUCCCAAUAAGAAGCAGAAGAAACGAUGUGCGCCUGUGCUGGAGCAGAGUCUUUCCCCACAGAGGAAAGAGCCCAUUCCAAAGGACAAGAACAGCCCCAACCGGGCGGAGCAGCCGGGACGCCACCGAGCAGGCACCCCCCCCCCCCACGCUCGCCAUCCUGAGACCUGGGCCCAGUCGGCUCAGCCUGAACUGCUUUCCGAUAUCGCUUUUGGUUUUAGCGAUGCAUACCUGUGCACAGACAGAAAAGACAGCCGGAGUCGUCCGGACAGCCGGGAGCCGUCGGCGUGCGUGGGCAGGGAGGCGGACGCCGCAGAGUCCUCCUUCCCGAGGCUGAGGAGGGGCCGGCGGCGGGCCGACGAUGCCCGGCUGGACCUCUGGGGCUUUGCGACUCCUUCUCCCCCACCCCCGCCGAUGCCUCCUCCCCCAGCCUCUCCCCCCCUGUCACCAUCGCAGACCCCCGCUCAGCCCGCCCGUCGUCCUCGGGGGAGGCCUCGAUCAAACACCCAGCCCGAGCGCACCCUUCAGGGCAAAGCCAAGAUCGCCGGCACAGAGAGAGACGCGGCCCCUCAUAAGAAACGCCGGCGAUGCACAAGUAAGAAGUAUGAAACCGGGGACUACAUCACCGAGAAGGACAAGCUGGAAGAUGGAGGACACCUUGAAGGCUCCCUGAGACAGGAAACCGUCAUCACAGCAGAUCCGCCGUGUGCGAGCCCGACGGCCCCCUUCACGGGCUCCCCCCAGCGGAGACCCUUGUUCACCCGCUCGGGGUCAGUCCGCUACCAGGAGAGCGAGGAGUCGCCGGAGUGCAACGACAAGCCUGCAGGGAAGAGGAAGUUCAAAAGCAAACACUUAUGCGACAGUGACGAGCAGAAGCAUAAGACCAAACGUGGCGGCCCGGGGAAGCGGGGCGCCUCUCUUCCUCUGGACGACGACGCCGUCGGGGUAAAAGGGCCCGUCACGCCCUCACCUAACCCCAAGAGCCUGCCGUCCUCUCCGCCCAAUAAGAAGGGCUCGUCGGGGAGGAGCAGCGGUUCAGACUCGCCUACGAAACGGCCCGUCCCCCCCGAGGUCCGUCGACUGAUCGUCAACAAAAACGCCGGAGAGACGUUGCUGCAGCGCGCGGCCCGCCUCGGCUACCAGGACGUGGUCCAGUACUGUCUGGAGAAGGACAUCAGGGAGGUGAACCGGCGCGACAACGCCGGCUACACGGCGCUCCACGAGGCGUCCUCACGCGGCUGGACUCAGAUCGUCCAGAUGCUGCUGAAGCACGGCGCCGACGUGAACUGCAGCGCUCAGGACGGGACGCGGCCCCUUCACGACGCAGUAGCCAGCGAUAACCUCCCGAUAGUCUGGCUGCUCCUGAACCACGGCGCCGACCCGACUCUGGCCACCUACUCCGGUCACACCCCCAUCAAGCUGGCACACAGUCAGAGCAUGAAGACCUUCCUCACAGAAUAUUUCUUGGACCUGGAAGGCCGCCACGAGCAGGACUCCAGCAUGCCCUGGGACUUCUACAGCAGCUCCCUGUUUGAGACAGAGAAGGAGCCCUGCUGGGACUUCCUGCUGUCCGAGCAGGACCAGGACCUGGAGGAGAGCGGAGCCGGGAAGACGGACCAGGACUCGGAAAAGGAUUGCCUUCUGUUCGAGUUCUCCUCAGAGCCCCUGCUGCCCUGCUACCACGUGCAGGUGUCGCUAACACAGGGCUUCUGUAACUGGUUCCUUCUGUCCGACGUGCUGAAGCGGCUGAAGAUGUCGGCGCGGAUCUUCCGGGCGCGCUACCCGCACCUGGAGAUGGUGAGUCUGCCGCAGGCCGAGCUGUGGAAGCAGGUCUCAGUCAGCCAGGUGAGCGCCUCAGCGCCUCCGCACAGAGGCCGGAGCAAGGAGGACGACCGGGAGGAGGAGGAGGAGGAGGAGGAGGAGGAGGAAGAGGAGGAGGAGGAAGAUGGACUGGCGGAGCUGGUGCGUUGCGUGCCGGAGCUCCAGAGACUGCUGGGCUCCUCCAUUCACAUCCUACAAGAGGAGGAGGAGGAGGAGGAAGAGGAGGAGGAGGAGGAGCUCAUCCAAGUCUUUUAUCUUGGUUUGACUCUGGCGUGGAGCCGGAGAAAAGCAAAAGUCAGGGAGGCCUCGAGCCCCGGGGGGGUUUCUCUGCCCACCUCGCAGACCUGGAGACCCGCAAAAAAGACGGAGACCACGGCCCGCCAUCACCCCUCUCCCCCCGCGUCUCCACCCGCUGCCACGCAGCUGCAGCUCACGUUUCCUCCACAUUUCACCAAACCCCCCCCUCCACCCCCCCGUGGGCGGCAUGAGAUGAGGUCUGGAGGUUUGGGACUGCCGGUAGGGGACCCACCUGGAGUGGCCGGGCUGUGGAGGGCAGGGGCCGGCAGGCCGCUAACGGAGGCUGUUUUUGGCCUGACGGGGCUGAGCUGA